AGAGAGAGAGAGAGAGAGAGAGAGAGAGAGAGAGAGAGAGAGAAGAGAGAGAGGUUCAUCCAUAUCUUCACUCGCGAGCGAGUCAACUCAGUUUCCAAGCUAGUUUACGGAGAGGUCCAUCUAAAUGGGUUCUUCUUCGGUUGUGGAAUUGCUUCCUAAAGAUUACGGGUAUGUGGUUAUGGUGGUUGUCCUCUACAGCUUCCUGAACUUCUUCAUGGCGGCCAAAGUGGGGAUGGCCAGGAAGAAGUACAAGGUGUUCUACCCGACCAUGUACGCAUCGGAGUCGGACAACAAAGACGCCAAAGUCUUCAACUGUGUUCAGAGAGGUCACCAGAACUCUCUUGAAAUGAUGCCUUUGUUCUUUGUCUUCCUCGUUUUGGGAGGUCUCAGGCAUCCUUGCAUCGCCGCCGUCCUCGGUUUGCUCUACACCGUCUCUCGCUAUUUCUACUUCAAAGGCUACUCCACCGGCGACCCCCAAAAGCGUCUCUCUGUCGGCAAGUACGGGUUCUUGGCUUUGGUGGGACUUAUAGUGUGCACAAUUUCCUUUGGGGUGACUCUUCUUCUCCGAGGAUAAACAAGACCAUGACGAGGGGGCUUUGGCUGUGCUAGCUAUCUUGUAUGUCUGUUACUUUUUUGGUGUUACAGUUAAUAAGAAAAGUGCAGGCCUAGGAGAUCAUAGGGAAGAGUGUGUCUGGUGUUUGUGUUUUGUAGUUAUCAAACUACUUCUGGUAUUUGUUUUCCCAUUUGCUAGAGUUUGUAUAUCAGUGCAUAAUGAUUCUCAGUUUCU